GCGUUCGAAAUGCGCUGCCGCCAUUUGCGCCACGUCUCUGUUUGCUCGGCGUCCCGAUAAGCAUCGUUUUUAAUGAGUGCAGCAGGAGACGCUUCAUUAGCGACAUAGUACUUCUGUUCGUUUUCACUUUCGUCAGGUGUGUGUGUGGGCGCGCCGAAUUUGUAGCCUGCUCCCGAAUUUCGCGUGCCAAGGCACAAUGAUAACGACGAAGCGCCGCGUGCUGGGCGCACGCUUGGCGAAGCCGGCCGCAAGGAUGCCUAACCAAAGCUUUGCACCCCGUGGUCGAGGUGGGUAUCAACCUCGUGGAGGACUGCGCACCGCCCGUGGCUCGGCCGGAUUCCGGAGCCCACCAAUAAGACCUGCUGCUUCCAGAGUUGGUUCCGCAACUGGCUUUCGAUCUGCGGGGUUUCGCAACUCCUUUAGACCGAGAGCACCGUCAGUUGCUCCUAGAGCUGGCUUGCAGGCCCAGAGGAUGACAUCUCCGCACACAGGCAGGUCCUCAGAAGCAGCGUACGGGCCUCCCAUCAAUGCAGGCCCUGCUGCUGGCAUGGGCGCUGGCGACGCAGACGAUCGAGGAGCAUCGCGAAAGCAAGUUGCACUCUCCGUCAGUACAUGGACGGUGCAGAUCGGAGAGGUGCCCAUCUCGUACGUCUCGCGGGAGAAGUGGAGGGAGCAGUGCCGCCCCGAAAAGGGCAUGCGGCCCGACCUGAUCGACGAGCCGUUCCGAGGCUGCACCCUGCAAGACAGGCACCCCAACGAGCCCAAGGCCACGUACACGGAGCAGGAGAUGCGUAAUCUCUGUCCCACCUGCGGCACUCUGGUGAUCCACUGGGAAACCCACAAGCAGGGAAAGCUGCACCGCGAGCGAUCCAAGGCCAGAGAGUCAAACAGCCACACGCCAGGACCAACACAGCAGGAUGUUGUAGCUGCACUGCGCGUGCUCCAGGCCACGCGGCCCGACAUCAUCGCGGCCUCCCUCGCCGCCAGUGCACCCAACUUGCUCGUGUCUCUGAACAACACCGGGGGCAACAGAGUGUCGCCUCCGAGCGAGAGGAUGAGACGAGGCGCCCGGUCUAGGUCUCCGUCGCCGGACAGGAAGCGACAUGCCACCCGAUGGGAGCCUCCGGCCCAUUAUGACCGCUAUGACGAGGCUGCUCGAGCUCCAGCUCGUACGAGCAUCCCCAAGGGUGCAGCUUCCAGGGCUGGUCCUGGGCCAAUGCAGCCGAUGUACGACGAGCCACCGCACGGACCAGGCCGCAACUACCCAUCUGGCUCAUACUCGUGGCGAUAAGCAGACAUGUAGACACGUCGCACCACAUCACUGUCUUCACCCCAGAAUUUUCACUCUGUAUUGCACUCUUGGUCCAUGUGCUGAACCCUAAAAUAAAGCUUUCUUCUCUUCAC